CAGCAGCGCAGGACCACUGACAACAAAGAUGGCAUUGGUUGUUGGUGUGGUUGUUCUUCUUGCACUGCUGCUGCUGUGUGGCACCAUCAGCACGCCUUGCGUUGCCACCCACAACAGCAACAGCAACAGCAACAGCAACAGCAACAGUGCAGUGAAUCUAUACGUCGACCCUGUUCAUGGCAGUGACGGCAAUUCAGGCAGGUCCCCAGCGCAGGCGCUGAAGACCAUCACACAUGCGAGGGACGUGGCAACCGCAACCCAAGGUGCUGUGAAUGUUCACCUUGCUUCUGGCAACUACGAUGUAUCACGUGGGCCGUUCCAGCUCAACUCAACCCACUCGAGAAGCGCAAGCAACCCAGUCACCUAUACAGCAAUGCCUGGGGCGUCUCCAAGGCUCUCUGCAGGCCGCAUCAUCCCGCACUCUGCUAUCCAGCCCGCACAUGGUACCCCUGCUGGUGGGGAAGGCUUGUCGUCGAAGAUCUUGCAGGUGAACCUCACGCAGCUGGGCAUCCAUGACUUUGGCAGCAUCCAAUGCAUUUCAUUCACCCCAUCGCCACGGACAACAGGUGGCGGUAACGACUGCCUGUUUGAGAGGAACCGCCCCCUCCUACUGUCGCGCUAUCCAAACGUCAACGGCACGUCGGGGUCCAUUCGCACACGCGUUCCUGUCUUCCUUGGCAGCCCCAGCGUUCAGGCGAUUUACUUUGAUGACGAGCUGUCUGGAUAUGAAGUGUACAACAACACCUUCUUCGAUUGCCAGGUUGGCGUCUUCAUUGGCGGCGGACGGAGCCACCACGUCAAGUUCAACACGUUUGAGCAGUGCGACACCGCUGUUCACGUCGACGACAGAGGCCUUUCGUGGCAGAAAUCGUACUGCGAGGUUGGCGGGACAUUUCAGCAACAGCUGGAGGCCAUCAACUAUCAGCAGGCGCCGUAUGCACAGCGGUAUCCGCCCAUCGCCAACAUCAUGCAGGAGAUGCCGUGCUACCCCGUGUACAACCAGAUCACAGACAACCUCGCAUGCACCUGCAAGGCUUUUCUCGACUUUAACGCGACGCAGCUUCUUGAGUGGCGAAACGUGAUUGCAAACAACGAUGCCAACGCGACAGCGGGAUGUGUGCAGCGCGCACACCAGUACUCGCAACCAACACAGCAGCAUCGCAUCGACACGCACGUGCUAUCACGGUUGGAUGGUAACCACUUGAACAGCAACUGGUGGCUGCGACCCGCCUCCUUCCACUCAUGGCAGCAACAGCCAUAA